AAUCAACCCCACCAGGCCACCCAAUCCCCUCUGUCUCUAUUAUUAUUGUGGUUCGAUCGUCUAUCUCUUGUUUAGUUCUUAUCUUCAUCUUUUCAUUCAAUCUUUUAGCCUCUGUAAACCAGCAAAUUUUGCUUUCAUGGGGCGCCCAACAAAUCUUAGAGACAUAAUAGGGAUAAUCAAAGACAAGGCUUCUCAAAGCAAAGCAGCCAUAAUCUCUAAACCCAAAACCUUGUCUCUCCACUUAGCCCUCCUUAGAGCCACAACUCACGACCCAUUUACUCCUCCACACCCAAAGCACAUCACCACUAUGCUUUCCUAUGGCUACAGCUCACGCGCCACCGCUGCCGCUGCAAUUGAGGCCCUUAUGGACAGGCUGCAGUCUACCCAUGACUCCUCCGUCGCUAUCAAGUGCCUUGCCAUCGUCCAUCACAUCAUCAAGGAUGGUAGUUUUAUCCUCCAAGACCAGCUUUCUGUUUAUCCUUCAACAGGCGGCAGAAACUACCUCAAACUUUCAAGCUUUAGAGAUAACACCACGCCCAUAGCUUGGGAAUUAUCUUCAUGGGUUAGAUGGUAUGCUCGAUACCUUGAACAUCUCUUAUCAACCUCAAGGGUUCUGGGUUUCUUUCUCUGUUCAACUUCAAGCACAGCAGAGAAAGAUAAAGAAGAAGAGAAAGUUUCAGCACUAACAAACCCUGAUCUUCUGAGAGAGAUAGAUUCUUUGACGAGCUUAAUGGAAGAAAUAUGCAAAAUACCUAAUUCUUUGCAUAUGCAAGGUAAUGAAUUAGUGCAGCAGAUCAUAAAUUUGGUGGGAGAAGAUUAUUUGUCAUCAACAAAUGAAAUCUCAAUCCGAGCAGAGGAGUUUAACCAAAGAAUGAGUUGCCUGAAUUUUGGUGACUCAGUUGAGUUGGAAUGCAUAUUGAAAAGACUCGAGGAUUGUAAAGAGCGGCUUUUAGCUUUACCCAUUAAGAAGAAAACAUUGAUUGAGAACCUUUGGUGUUUUAUCAGGGAAAUGAAGGGAAGGGUUGAGAAUGGAAAAGCAUACAAAGAGGAGGGAAGAUUGCUGCUUAAGCACGGUGGAAGUGAGUCAGCUCGUUUUGGAGAGCGAGUUCUAAGUUACGGUGACUCAGUUAGGUUUUCGUCUGCAAGAUUUGGGUUGAAUGGGUAUUCGUUGGCGAUUGUAGAAUCAGUAGAAUCAUGUGCAUGAUGAGAUUUUUCUUAAUUUUAAAAGAAAAGUGGAACAUAGUUUGGACAUAUUCAAAAUUACGCUUGGUCAAAUUAUGGUGUUUGCAUAUGAUAUUUUUCUUGUAUAAAUAAUUCAAUACACGAUGUAUAAGUAGAUUUCAUCUA